AUGGUGCCCCAUCGCCCCUCAAGGUUGGGCCUCCUGCUGCUGCUGUGCCUUCUUCUCUGCGCCCCAGACUGCCCGCCAGCAGCCCGGUCCCAGCCUGGGGCACCUGGGGGGUCUGGCCCAGGGGCACCUGGGGAUGGUGGCCAGCCAGGCGCCGGGCGAGUGAAACGGGGCUGGGUCUGGAACCAGUUCUUCGUGGUGGAGGAGUACACGGGCACAGAGCCGCUGUACGUGGGGAAGAUUCACUCAGACUCAGACGAGGGGGAUGGCUCCAUCAAGUACACGAUCUCCGGAGAGGGUGCCGGCACCAUCUUCCUGAUCGAUGAGCUGACGGGGGACAUCCACGCCACAGAGCGCCUUGACCGUGAGCAGAAGACCUUCUACACCCUGCGGGCUCAGGCACGGGACCGGCAGACCAACCAGCUGCUGGAACCUGAGUCGGAGUUCGUCAUCAAGGUGCAGGACAUCAACGACAGCGAACCUCGGUUCCUGGGGGGGCCCUACAUCGGAAGCGUGGCAGAGCUCUCCCCCAUCGGGACCUCGGUGAUGCAGGUCCUGGCCUCCGAUGCGGAUGACCCCACCUAUGGAGCUAGUGCCCGUGUGGUCUACAGCGUCCUGGAGGGGGAGCGGCACUUCACUGUGGACAGCAAGACAGGUGUGAUUCGCACAGCUGUGGCCAACCUGGACCGGGAGACUCAGGACCGCUAUGAGGUGGUGGUCCGGGCAACAGAUAUGGCUGGGCAGCUGGGGGGCCUCUCUGGCUCCACAACCGUCACCAUUGUCAUCACUGAUGUCAACGACAACCCUCCCCGCUUCCCACAGAAGAUGUACCAGUUCAGCAUGGUGGAAACGGCCCCGGUGGGCACGCUGAUCGGGCGAGUGAAGGCAGAGGAUGCCGACGUGGGCGAGAACACAGACAUGGCCUACCAGAUCAAGGAUGAGGGGGCCCUGGGGCUCUUCCGGGUGGCCACAGACAGCAACACGCAGGAAGCGCUGAUCUCCUUGCAGAAGCCUCUGGACUUCGAGGCCCAGGCUGUGCACACCGUGGUCCUGGAGGCCCUGAAUAAGUUUGCUGACCCCCGCUUUAUGGGCCUGGACACCUUCCGGGACCAGACUGUAGUGCUGGUCUCUGUGCUGGAUGCAGAUGAGCCCCCCGAGUUCCAGCCCCCCAGUGGCCUGCUGGAGGUACAGGAAGACGCGCUUGUGGGCUCCCUGGUGGGUGUGGUCACCGCAAUGGACCCCGAUGCGGCCAGCAGACCCAUUCGGUAUGCCCUUGAACGGCCCAGCGACACGGAGCAGCUUUUUGACGUCGAUCCCCAGACCGGGGCCAUCCUGACCAGCCAGGCCUUGGACCGAGAGACUGCCGGCUGGCACAACAUCACCGUCGUGGCCACGGAGGCUGACAAUCCUACUCAAGUGUCCAGGACAGUGCUCAGAAUUCGCAUCCUGGAUGUGAACGACAAUCCGCCAGAGCUGGCCACACCGUACGAAGCUGCGAUCUGCGAGGAUGCCAAGCCAGGAGAGCUGAUCCAGACCAUUAGUGUGGUGGACCGGGACGAACCACAGAGUGGCCACCGCUUCUAUUUCACGCUGGGCCCUGAGGCCUCUGGCAGCCGCCACUUCUCCCUGCUGGACAUCACGGACCACACCGCUGCCCUGCACACCCGGCACCUGGGCUUCAAUCGUCAGGAGCAGGAUAUUUUCUUGCUGCCCAUCCUGGUGUUGGACAGCGGCCCGCCCUCCCUCAGCAGCACCGGCACGCUCACCAUCCGCAUCUGCGGCUGCGAUGACACCGGCACCAUCCAGUCGUGCAACACCACCGCCUUUGUGGUCACCCCUUCGCUCAGCCCUGGCGCCCUCAUCGCCCUGCUGGUCUGCAUUCUCAUCCUCGUGGUGCUGGUCCUCCUGAUCUUGACCCUGAAGCGCCACCAGAAGGGGCACCUGGCCUCAGAGGAAGACGAGGACAUGCGGGACAAUGUCAUCAAGUACAACGAUGAGGGCGGUGGCGAGCAGGACACCCAGGCCUACGACAUGUUGGCGCUGCGCAGCCUUUACGAGUUCAGCGAGGCCAAGGGGGGAGAGAAGGGGGCACCGCCCCUGCCCUCGGCGCUCCAUGCCCUGCCUCAGUGGCGCCAGGCACCGGACCUCGACUUCUCCGUCUUCAGGGACUACAUCAGCCGCAAAGUGAGGCAGGCGGACGGGGACCCCUCCGUGCCCCCCUACGACUCCUUCCAGACCUACGCCUUUGAGGGGGCUGACUCCCCCCUGGCCUCCCUGAGCUCCAUCGCUUCCCGCUCCACCGGCUCCGAGCAGGACUUUGCCUAUCUCAGCAGCUGGGGCCCCCGCUUCCAGCAGCUGGCCACGCUCUAUGCCGGGCCCCGGGGUGGGGAAGGCAGCCGGGAGACCUAACCCACAUCCAGGGGCCUGGUGUACCGGCUGGAGCAGGGCUCCUUGG